CGUGUUGACAUGGGGCCAUAGUAUAUGUACUAACCAUACAUUAACGUGUUACUCAGUACAAAUACAAACCUCCCCUCUCUAUAAAUAUCAUAUCCGUAUCACAGAUACCACGUAUAUCUAUCUGACACCAAUACCAGACCGCUGUGAGGUAAAAUAUAGCCAUUGCUGCAGGCCAAUGGAGGAUGGCGAUCUAACAGACCGAGACUGAUUGAAGAAAACGUAAACACCAGCUAAGAACUUUCAUACAGUGCUUAAAUGAUGCUGUUCAGGAAAUGGUGAAAGAUUAUCUAAACCAAAAUCACUAAAAUGGAACAGGAAAAAGAGAAAGUAAUCAACAAUGCAGACGAUUCUGGGGUAUCAGGGAUGUCGUCUUCCGGUUCCGGUUCCGGUUCCGACUCACUACCUGAAGCGGAAAUGCUUGCGCCAGAUGGAGGCUGGGGCUGGGUGGUCUGUUUCGGAAGUUUCAUUACUAACUUUGUACUUGAUGGGACUAUGUUUUCUUUUGGAGUGCUGCUGAUUGAUCUGUUAGAGUUUUUCGGCGAAACAAAAUCAAAGACUUCCUGGGUCGGGUCGGCUCUUGUAGGAAUGAGUAUGAUGAUGGGACCGCUCGUGAGCCUGCUGUUACGGAAACUAUCGAUCAGAGCCGUGACGAUUAUGGGAGCUUUCGUCGCCUCAAUUGGUUUCAUCAUUUCCAUUUUCUCCCCAAACAUCGAACUUCUAAUAAUCACCUACGGCGUCAUAGGUGGUAUCGGUUUUUGUAUGAUGUUUUUUCCUGCCAUUAUUGUUGUUGGACUUUACUUCGAUAGGAAGCGCGCCCUGGCGACAGGAAUCGCAACUAGCGGUUCCGGUUUGGGAACGUUUGCCUACGCUUAUCUGACAGACGCCCUACUUUCCACAUAUGGAUGGAGAGGUACCGUUCUCAUUUUGGCGGGAAUUUUAUUACACGUGCUUGUUUGUGGGAUGAUAUUUCGGCCUUUGUUACCAAGAAACAGAGUAAAUUCUCCCAGGAAAGACUACUGUAAAUAUAAAACGCCAUCUAGGGAGUUAUCAGAUUACCCAGAUGUCAUUGAAAACAUCUUGGACCGGAAGUGUAGGUUGAGUAGUGAUUAUAUCGGUAAGGACGGACCAGAAACGAAAGAAUACACUAUAUGCAGCGUACCAUUAGGCUUAGAUAAACUUGAUACGUUAGUUCUUAGCAGGAAUUCUGACAUCAUCAUUCCAACCGACGAAAAUCUCCAACGAAAAUCACGUCAAUUUACAAGCGCAAUUGACUUAACACGGCGACACGGUGACGUCACGCCACCUAUGACGUCAGCUCAAAUAAUAAACCUACGACUGCUGAAACCGAUGAAAAGAAAAGAUGUAUUCUAUAGUGGAAGUAUUCAACAUAUACCGGAAGUUCAAUCUGCGCGAGAUUUUAAAUCUGCAAUGGUGACGCUGACCAAAGACGACGAUGAAACUAGGUCACUGCGACCUUGUUUCGGAAUCGACAAAAAUGAUGUUUUCUGCUUGGAACUGCUGAAGGAUCCCACAUUCCUACUGUUAAUGAUUUGUAUGACAACGUGGACGGCUCAAAUUGUCUCCCUUACCUACCUCCCGGAUAUGGCUUUUUCGAAAGGACUUCCCAGAAGCCAAUGCGCCUUUUUGAUUUCCAUUGUUGGUAUCACUAACAUCAUCGGGAGACUUGUUUCCGGUUUUAUCACUGACUGUCUCCACGUGAAAAGUAUCCACAUUUACGCAUGCGCACUAUUCGUGGCGGCAGUUGUCAACUUCCUGUUGCCUUUCUGCAAUAGUUUCUACCUCUUUGCGAUAUGCGCUGGGCUAUUUGGCUUCUGUAUGGCGUCCUCCGUCUCUCUCCGGACAAUCGUUCUGGCUGACCAUCUGGGGAUCGACAAACUGACCCGGUCAUUUGGACUGAUCGCUUUGUUCCAGGGAAUCGGUUUCAUCAUCAAUCCACCAUUAGCAGGCUUCCUGUUCGACCAGACACAAUCUUACGUCUACCCAUUUGCCUUGACUGGUUGUAUGUACCUAGUAUCCGGAGGGGCUUGCGUGCCUUUACUGCGCAAGCGCAAUACGACUUCUCGAAAUAUUGAUAUCCACGUGACAGCGCCGGAAUCCUCCAACGAAUCUGUGAUAGACUGAAACGACUACACGUGAACCGUUUUAAUUCUAAGGGGAGAUAAUUCACCGACACCGUCCAUGGCAUAAUAGUAUAAUAUUACACAAAUCACAACCACAGUCCACGUAGAAUCUGAUCACAUUCCCAUUGGUUCACGCUUGUCACGUGCUAUAUGAAUAAAUUCUGUGUCCUUUCAAUAAGAGUGAACAUCUAUGAGUUUAUUCAUCAAUGAAUACAUGACGUCGUUAUUGUAGUGUCCGGUCUAUAAGACUUUAAUAACAAGUUUGAUACUUUGAAGACAAAAGUUGAAUUUUUAAUUUUAACCGAUAAUCAGUAUUCCUUUGUUAUCACGUGGUCAUUGAUACCCUCUCGAGGACAUAUGUUUGUUAUGACUACACUUUGUUCGAACACUUCAGUUAUGAACAAUAAACUAUUUAGUUAACAGAACAUCUUUGUUAAAUUAUUUGUGUAUUGUGAAUGCAAUUUCAACAAGUAUUCACACAAUAGCUGAAUCAAUAAACAAGACGAAGCGAUACU